CAACUUGUUUUCGAAGGUGGACACCAAGUAAACAAACUGCCACAGCUCGACCAGAAUUUCAGUGCACACCGAGUGUUGAGUGUGCAAUUAAACCAGUUACACAAAAGCUGCCUGGCUGGCUGGGAUUAGAAAGACAUGGGCCAGCGGCCCGUCGCGCAUGCGCAGUAUCCGCUUGGAUUUUAAGUGGAGCAGUUGGCAGUUGGCGCGCGAAAGUGAAAGGAUUACGGCAUGCAGCGUUGGAUUUUCUUAGCAUCCUGCUGGUGGCUGGCAGCCUCUGUUCAUUCCUUGGAAAGUGUUUUUGGUGCCUAUAAUCUGGAGUUUGAAUUCCCUUCGCCGCAGGAAAGGCAGCGCGUGCUGAGGGAGGGCCUCUACGAUCCCAGCAGCGUUAUUCCCCUCGACGUGGAUGCCUACUACAAGCAUGGCGAUGCCACGCCCUCGAUUUUCGUGACCAUUCCGCGCUUCGCCAAGGGUGUUCCCUACUCCCUGGCCUAUGUGACCAACGAAAUGCGUCCAAAUGGAACUCUACUGCAGGCCUAUCCCAGCUACGAGUGGCACAAAUCGCACGGAGCCGAUUGCAAUGGCCUGACCUCCGUUUACCGCACUCAGAUAGACGAGUGUGGAAGGAUGUGGAUCCUGGACAGCGGCGAGAUUGACUUCAUCCAGCACUGUCCGCCGCAGCUGUAUGCCAUUGACUUGGAGAGCGGCAAGGUGGUGCACCAGUACAAGAUGCCCAAGCGGCUGUACAAGGAGGGCGUGAGUCGCUUCGUGACGCCCACCGUGGAGCUGGAUGCGCAUAAUUGCGACGUGGGCUUCGUUUACAUGGCCGAUUCCAUUGGCGCCGGCAUUGUGGUGUACGAUGUGGCUGCCCAGCAGUCGUGGCGCAUCGAGAACAAGUUCACCUAUCCGCAUCCGGACUUUGGCACCUUCACCGUCGCUGGUGAGAGCUUUCAGCUGUGGGAUGGCACGGUGUCCACUAGUUUAACGCCUCAUGGAUUCAGUGGCCGGCGAAUGAUGUACUUCCACUCGCUCUCGAGCGACUGGCAGAUGGCCAUACCGCUGGAUGUGGUCAACAAUGGCAGUAAUUGGCGGCUAAACGAUGUGACCGCCGCUUUGAAUCAAUUCCAGCUGCUGGGCAAGCGCGGUGGCCAGUGCGUGGGUGCGGCCAUGAGUGAGUCCGGUUUCCUGAUCUGCGGCUUGGUUCAGCCCUCGAGUAUUUUGGCCUGGAACAUACGCAGCCAGUACAGCCAUCAGAAUCUAGUGAUGCUGGUCGAAGAUGCGGAGCGUCUGCAGUUCGCCAGCGGCGUGAAGAUAGUGCGCAAUCAUGAGGGCAAGGAGGAGCUGUGGGUGCUCUCGAAUCGGCUGCAGAAAGCCUUUGGAGCGGGUCUGGAUUACAAGGAGAUCAACUUUCGCAUACAAAAGUGCGGGGUGGAGGAGCUGCUAGGCGGAAGGCCGUGUUAAUCUAGUGGCUAAAUGGAUUCAAUUAAUUAUUUAGAAUUUUUUGUUUUAUAUAAAUGAAUUAAUUAGAAUUUUGAGUUUAAUAGA